AUGGAGGAAACAGACCUUGAACUUUUUGAGACCUAUGUUGGUCUUUGUUUCGACAAUUUGAUUAUUCGGGAUGAUUUCCCAUCCAUUUCAUGGGUUCAGAAUCUACUGGAAAAUUUCAUUUCUUGCGGGAAGAAAUUCGAGACUCUUAUAUAUGAGAAUGGGAUGCACCUCAGUAGAGAGGUUAUGAAUCACUUGAUCAGUCCUUAUCUACACGUUUGUUUGAAUUCCUUGGAAUUGAUCAAUGGAAUUCGGGAGGGAGUUGAUUAUCUCCUGGAGUGUCAUAUCAGGUUGAAUAUGGUUCGCAUGAUUCUGCAGGGUCAGAAUGUUGGGAGGUCCGAAUUGUAUUCAGCAAGGGCAUUUCUCAACGAUUUGGAGGCUUUAAUUGAGAAUGAAAAGGAGUCAAACUACGCCCUUGCUGCUCGUAUAAUUGAAGACAAUGAGGAAAUUGACAUGCACUUGGAGCCACCUAGAUUGUUUCGGACGCGGGUUAGCCGUCUGUGGUCAGCUUCCAAGCAAUUGGAUUUGCUUAAAGCAAAUUUGUCCCUUCCAACUGCAGUAGAUAAUCGUGAGACUAAUCAGCUUGCAGAUUCUGUAUACACGAUGGCAUGUGCACACUAUAUGACGAUGUGGUGCCUUGUUGCUGCCUUACCAUGUCAAGGCCGGCCAAUUGAUAUACGCUUUUACGUGAAUUGUAUGGAGGGUUUUAAGUGGUACGAAGAUUUCACGUAUAUCUGGAGUAGGAUUCAUGAUGAGUCAAUAAUGGAGGAGAAUCGGCAUUGCUCUGGGUUGCUGAGGGAGGCUUCUGUUAUGGAGCAAUUAUCCUGGUAA